GUGGUCACGGCGCCGAAACGUGCUCGUGCCCAGGCGGAGAAGGUAGCUUUCGGUUUGUCUGCUAUUUAUGCUGCGCCGCGGCAGGUUCUGGCCCAGGAACUCGACGACCUGAAGCGCCGUCGCGUGCAGAUGCGGGCAGACAAUCGUGCCUUGGCGCAGCAGGAGAAGAACCUCAAGAAGCGUCGGGCGGCGCGCCAGCUCAGUGACGAUGACCUUCUCGUCUUGCUGCGUCAGCCGCCAGGCGACCCUGCUCUAUAG